AUGAUAACAAAAAUAGUGAAAGAUCAAAGAAUAUGGUGGUUGGGACAAAUAUGGAGAAUGGGCGAGGAAACGAUAGCGAAGAAUGUAUUGAUGACAGAAAAUAAUGAACUUACCGCGAUUCUGCGGCAGAUUACCUUAAAAGAUGUUAUCUACUGGCUGAGUCAAGCAUCCACAAUACAAAAAUCCUGGAACAAUAUCUUGAUUCAGGAUGAUGACACAGAAGACGAUUUGCCUAUAAAUCAUCUAGCUGUAAGAUUAAGGGAUGCGCAAGAUGACAGCGAUUGUGAGGAUGAAAUGACUUUGUUUGAUUUAAUGAAACAAAUAAAGGGAUGUGAAGAUGUUACAGAACAAGAUGUUAAUCAAUGA